AUGGAAAAGGGAAGAACACGUUUGAGCCAAACCCAGAAAUGGACGAAAACGGACCAUGAGCACAAGCCGGAUACUGAAAAAAUAGUCAAGCAGCUCAGUAUUUCUGGCAAAUCUGUUCAUAUCGAAGUAAAAAAUGAGAAUAGACUUCGAAGUUAUCGUCUGUUCAACAUACCAGUUUCUAUUGAUCAAGCAAAGCUAGACUGGCUAGGCAAAUGCAAGAAAUUACAAGAAAUUUGCCAAGUUCUCAAGAACGAUAGUAAGAUAGUAGACGAUAGUAAACGAUAA